AUGAAAGCUCUUGGCUUGUCCGUUUCGCAGCCAUCGGCGCCUUAUGAGCGGCCAACUUUAACGGAAGCUUACUCGUUUACUCUAGAUAAGAAGCCACCGCGAUUAGCUGGAUUCCAUACCUGUGUUGUACCUGGUGGGGAAAGACAAACAGAUUGGUAUAAAGAGAAAGGGAUAGAGCAAACAUUCACGACCAAUUCAGGCAGGCUGCUUAAAUAUGGAUCAAUUAUAGCAGCCACAGGAUCCACGGCCUCAAAGUCAAGAUUUUCAGAGAAAUUUGGAGGAAACCUAACUGGGGUCAACUAUAUCCGGGAUGAUGCAGUUGCUGAUUCACCAGUACCAUCAUUGACUACUCAAAUGAAAGUGGAUUUCAUUUACACAGAAUUCCAUUGUGAAUUUCUAAACAAACUUGGGACCACUAGUAUCAAUUCUGCUGGUGUAGAGAGCGUCCAGAUGCUUCCUGAAUUUCAUUGCGGGAUUCCUUUUGAGGAGAUGCGUUAG